AAAAAAAAAAAGAAGAGGACAAAAGAGUUAUUUCACAAAAUUUGAGAUAGAAACAGUCUCGUCUCCGGCGACGAUGAAAUGGUUGCUCGUCGCCGUGUUGACCGCUUUAUCAACGAUCUUCUCCGCCGUGACACAUUCCCAUCUCCUCCGUGGAUCUCCGGUCAAUUCUCUCUGCGCUGAUCUCAUUCAUCCUGCUAAUUACUCCUGCACUGAACACACUAUUGAAACAAAGGAUGGUUACAUAUUAGCUUUGCAACGUGUGGCCUCUCAUGGUCCAAGACUUGAAUAUGGUCCACCUGUUCUGCUUCAGCAUGGACUCUUUAUGGCUGGAGAUGCGUGGUUCUUGAAUUCACCAAAAGAGUCCCUAGGUUUCAUUCUUGCUGAUCAUGGGUUUGAUGUAUGGGUUGGUAAUGUUCGUGGUACACGUUACAGUUAUGGACAUGUUACUUUAUCUGAAAGUGAUAAGGAAUUUUGGGACUGGAGUUGGCAAGAUUUGGCCAUGUAUGACUUAGCAGCAAUGAUUCAGUAUCUGUAUUCAGUUUCAAACUCCAAAAUCUUCCUUGUUGGACAUUCUCAGGGGACUAUCAUGUCUUUUGCUGCUCUUACUCAGCCGCAUGUCGCAGAAAUGGUUGAAGCAGCAGCGUUGCUUUGUCCAAUAUCAUAUUUGGAUCAUGUCACAGCUCCACUUGUUGAAAGAAUGGUUUUUAUGCAUCUUGAUCAGAUGGUAGUUGCUCUUGGGCUGCAUCAAAUAAACUUUAGAAGUGAUAUGUUAGUUAAACUUGUUGACUCGUUAUGUGAAGGGCAUAUGGAUUGCACUGACUUCCUCACAUCCAUAACUGGGACGAAUUGUUGUUUCAAUGCCUCGAAGAUAGAAUACUAUCUAGAUUAUGAGCCUCACCCAUCAUCUGUCAAGAAUAUUCGACACCUUUUCCAAAUGAUUCGGAAGGGGACUUUUGCACAAUA